AUGGCUAGCGAGGCGACAGGCAUUGACCCGACCGACUACGAGGGCUUCAAGAAGCGCACCCGUGUCAGAUACUCUUGCACAAUAUGCCGCGAGAAGAAGCGCAAAUGCAAUCGCGGAGAUCCUUGCGAUCAGUGCGAGAAGCGAGGCCUUACCAGCUCCUGUGUCAUCGUGCCAUAUCUGCUCAGAGGAGGACCCGAAAUGAGCUCCGAACAUGCGGCUCUUCGCCAUCAGACACCGCAGUCUGCCGAAAUGGGGGCUUUGCAAGCCAAGUUGCACCGUCUGACCGAGGAACUCGGCCAAAUGCGGAAUCGAGAAGUUGACAUGCCUCGAAACCCGAUCUCGGAAUCUAGCGCGUCUAGUGUCAACGCCAUGCAGCCCUCCAGCGGAACCGAAACUCCAGGUCUGAUGGGAAUCACAGAGCCGACAACUGCGGGUCCUAUGGUUGACAGGCUACGUUACGUGGAUGCUGCCAACUGGGAGGCCAUUCUCAAUGAUAUAACUAGGCUCACCACGCAUUUCAAAGCCAGGAAAUGUGCGAUAUUUGAUGCCGAAGAGCCUGAAGACAUGUCCGUUGGCAACGCCGCCUCGAAACCUAGCGUUCCUUUUCUUCUCUCGGGAGCAUUCCCAACGGCAAACAAGACUACCCUCAUGGCCCUGUUGCCACCCAAAGACACCACGAAUAAGUUGAUCAAAAGGUUCUUUGAAGGAAAAGAACCUGCUUUGUGCAUGUUUCAUGUCCCGACUUUCUGGAAAGAGCUGCAUAAAUUCUGGGAAGAUGAGAGUCAAUUCUCGCUCACGUGGCUUGGGCUCUUAUUCUCCAUGAUAAGUCAUGCUGCGUUCUUCUGCUUGAGAGCAGACGAGCCCGUCCCCGGCGACAUGGGGCCAGCAGCUUAUGUUGCCGACAUUUACCGCCGUCACUGCGCGCGAUGUCUGGCGCUAGACAACUACACGACGCCUGGUAAGUACAAGGUCGAGACGAUGAUGCUCUACUUUGGCACAGAGUACCUCCGACUGGUCGAUGCGCAGCAAGGCACCGCCAUUCUUCUGUCCAUUAUAGUUCGGUUAGCAAUGCAUUCAGGGAUGCACAGAGACCCCAGCCACUUCCAGGGCAUGUCAGUCUUCGAGGGCGAGAUGCGCAAGCGUCUUUGGACAAUCGUCACCGAAAUCGACGUUCUCGUAGCCUUUCAAUUCGGUCUUCCCUCGAAUGUGCAGUCUCGCUACUUCGAUACAGGUCUACCGCAAAACCUCCACGAUAGAGACUUCGACGAGGCCACAGUCAGGCUACCUCCCGAGCGACCGAUGACCGAGAUUGAGCGGACCCCGGUGAUGUAUACGAUCGUGAAGUCUAGGCUUGUGGUUGUGUUUAGCGACAUUGUUUCACGCAUGGCAGAUCGCGACAGUCCCGACUAUGGAGAGGUCAUGCGCCUGGAUGAGCGGUUGGAAAGAGCGCACGAAGAAAUCCCCCCGGUCCUACGAGAUCGAUCAUUUACUCUUUCCGUCGAAGAUACAAUCGACCUAAUCAUGCAGCGGCUUUGGAUCGAGCUCAUGUACCUGAAGGCUCGCAUAGUCCUCCAUCGUCGCUACUUCACACUUGGACGCAAGGAUAUUCGGUUCGCGCACUCCAGAUUCGCCUGCAUCAAUGCAGCAACCAAGAUUUUGGAGAUCCAAUUCAACAUCAAUGAGGAAUACAAGCCCGGGGGCCGUCUUUCACGUGAGCGCUGGUUUGUUUCUAGUCUAAGCACCCACGACUUCCUCCUUGCAGACAUGAUGCUCUGCCUUGAGCUAUCUCAUCUACUGCGUCCGGAAGGUCGUAACACGAUUGGAAUCCACAUUGACAAGGAGUCUCUCCUUUCCAUUCUGCAGACGUCCAGAGACAUUUGGAAAUCGAACCAAAAAGACUCGGCCGAAGCCACGCGGGCUUUCAAGAUCCUGUCUCGCAUGCUCACCUUGUCUACGGGUGAACAUUACGAGACCGCUCCCGAGUCAGCCAGCUCAAAUGGGAGACUUGGUGCCGACAUGGGUAUACGCCCGACUUACCAACUCGCAUGCCAUCCUGUUAUACCGGCGUAUAUGCCUCAACAAACCAUGGAAAAUACAUGGGUGGAUCAAGAUGGAUCUGCUCGGUGGGGAUAUGGACCAACUACGAGUUCUUCGGAAUCGAUUCUAAUCCCCAUCAAGGGGGUGGAUUCAGCCAUGAACUUGGACUGGAGUGGCUGGGACACCAAAGUUCAAGAUCCAAAUGUCGACACGAACGACUUGCCGUGGCUGAAGACCUUGACAGACCCACUUCACGGGUAG